CGACUACAGGGCGACGCUUUACGGCCCGAGUUCGAAACGAGAUCCCACCGCCUGUGGAGGGGAUAGGAGAUGAAGGAAGGGCGCUGAUUCCCGAGUGUACCGUAUCCUGAGGAGGAUGCGCUUUGCAUGCCGGGAAAUGUAGGCCAGAGCGAGUGCACGAAGCUGGGCAGUACCCGGCGUGCAGUGCGCCGCGUCUGAGCGGUGUGAGGAGCGUCCCCGGCGCGUCUCGAGCCACGCUCCAGAGGGACUUCCCCCUUCCCUUUGCGAGUUGGAACUUCCCGCGGGAUUGGUGUUUAAAGUGAGCUUUUCUCGUGUCUUCGCCUCCUGGGGGACAGUGAUCUUGUAUGCUGCCCUGGAAUAUGAAAAUAAUUGAUUCAGCUUGUACAUGAGUAUUAUCUUCAAGAAUACCCCUUCAGAACCUGGGGUACCUUAUUUUUAAUGACUUUAUUAAUGGCAGAUUUUCAGCCUUUUGACAACAGUCAGAAAUCUUUCAGAGCCAGGUUUGGUGAAUAAGUUUUAGUCCAUGAUAGCUGGUGGAAACAAUGGCUGUUAGCCUGAAAGAAGUAACCUUAAUAGUCAGUGUGGUUAUAGCCUGCUAUUGGAAUAGCCUCUUCUGUGGUUUUGUUUUUGAUGAUGUUUCAGCAAUAUUGGACAACAAAGAUUUACAUCCUUCUACACCUUUAAAAAACUUAUUUCACAAUGACUUCUGGGGAACUCCUAUGUCUGAGGAAAGAAGUCACAAAUCUUAUCGUCCUUUAACAGUAUUGACGUUUCGUUUAAACUAUUUAUAUAGUGAAUUAAAACCAGUGUCUUAUCAUUUGCUAAAUCUCAUUUUUCAUGCUGUGGUUAGUGUGGUCUUCCUUAAAGUCUGCAAAUUAUUUCUGGACUCCAGGAGUAGUAUAAUUGCCUCCUUGAUGUUUGCUGUGCACCCUAUACACACAGAAGCGGUAACAGGUGUUGUAGGAAGAGCAGAACUUUUAUCAUCAAUCUUUUUUCUAACUGCAUUUUUGUCAUACACAAAAUCUAAAGGUCCAAAUAAUACCAUAGUAUGGACUCCAAUUGCAUUGACUGUGGUUCUAGUAGCUAUUGCCACGUUAUGUAAAGAGCAAGGGGUCACUGUCGUGGGGAUAUGCUGUGUCUACGAAGUGUUUAUAGCGCAAGGAUAUACCUUGCCAUUAUUAUAUACUACUGCUAUGCAGAUUCUUCGUGGAAAGGGCAGUAUUCCUUUUUCUCUGCUGCAGAUUCUGCUAAAACUUAUUGUUUUGAUGUUCAGCACACUGUUGCUUGUUGUGAUUAGAGUCCAGGUUAUUCAGUCUCAACUUCCAGUAUUUACAAGGUUUGAUAAUCCAGCAGCUGUAAGCCCAACUCCUACAAGGCAAUUGACUUUUAACUAUCUCCUUCCUGUAAAUGCUUGGCUUCUGUUUAAUCCCUCAGAACUGUGCUGUGAUUGGACAAUGGGAACAAUACCACUUAUAGAAUCCUUUUUAGACAUUCGAAAUCUUGCCACAUUUGUUUUCUUUUGCUUUUUGGGAUCACUAUUAAUAUUCAGUGUUCGAUAUCCUGGUAAUUCUUCAAAGACUGUGUUAAUGGCAUUAUGUUUAAUGGCAUUGCCAUUUAUUCCUGCAUCAAACCUCUUUUUUCCAGUUGGCUUUGUGGUUGCAGAGCGAGUAUUGUAUGUACCAAGCAUGGGAUUCUGUAUUUUAGUUGCUCAUGGAUGGCGGAAAUUAUCCAAAAGAAAUGUGCUAAAAAAGCUAUCGUGGGUUUGUCUGUCUAUAGUGGUAAUCACUCAUGCCUUAAAAACGCUUCACAGAAACUGGGACUGGGAAUCUGAAUAUACCUUGUUUAUGUCUGCCUUAAAGGUAAAUAAAAAUAACGCCAAAUUAUGGAAUAAUGUGGGUCAUGCUUUGGAAAAUGAAAAGAAUUUUGAGAGAGCCUUAAAAUACUUCCUACAGGCAACACAUGUUCAGCCAGAUGAUAUUGGGGCUCACAUGAAUGUAGGAAGAACUUAUAAAAAUUUAAAUAGAACCAAAGAAGCUGAGGAAUCUUAUAUGAUUGCUAAAUCACUGAUGCCACAAAUUAUUCCAGGCAAAAAAUAUGCUGCACGAAUUGCUCCUAACCAUUUAAAUGUUUAUAUUAAUCUUGCCAACUUGAUUCGUGUAAACGAGUCUCGACUUGAAGAAGCAGAUCAAUUGUAUCGACAAGCAAUUAGUAUGCGACCAGAUUUCAAACAGGCUUAUAUUAGCAGAGGAGAAUUACUUUUAAAAAUGAAUAAACCUUUAAAAGCAAAGGAAUCAUAUCUUAGGGCAUUGGAUCUUGACCGAAGCAAUGCAGACCUCUGGUACAACUUGGCAAUUGUUAAUAUUGAACUUAAAGAAUCAACUGAAGCCCUUCGAAACUUUGACCGGGCUUUGAAGAUGAAUCCUAAUCAUAAAUUAGCACUAUUCAAUUCUGCCCUACUCAUGCAAGAAUCUGGUGAAGCUAAAGUUAGGCCUGAAGCAAAGAAACGACUGCUCAACUAUGUAAGUCAAGAACCCCAUGAUGCAAAUGGCUACUUCAAUCUGGGCAUGCUAGCUAUGGAUGACAAAAAAAGCAGUGAAGCUGAGAUGUGGAUGAAGAAAGCCAUCAAGCUGCAGGCAGGCUUCAGAAGUGCUUUGUUCAACUUGGCUCUUCUAUAUUCUCAGUCCUCAAAGGAAUUAAUGGCUUUGCCCGUGCUGGAAGAGCUCCUUCGCUACUACCCAGAUCACAUCAAAGGUCUCAUCUUAAAGGGAGACAUUCUGAUGAAUCAGAAGAGAGACAUAGUUGGAGCAAAAGAAUGUUUUGAAAAGAUUGUAGAAAUGGAUCCCAACAAUGUCCAAGGAAAACACAAUCUUUGUGUUGUUUAUUUUGAGGAGGGGGACUUGAUCAAAGCAGAAAAAUGCCUACUUGAGACACUUGACUUAGCACCACAUGAAGAAUAUAUACAUCGUCAUUUGAACAUAGUAAGAGUUAAAAUUUCUUCCGCUGGUGGUGGAGAACGGUUAUAUCUUCCACCAGCUGGGACCACUCGUGUAGAAGGGAGCAAAAAAACUCCAUUUGAAAACUUAGACGAAAUAAAAAGUGAACACAAAUCCACCGAGACAGUGCAAAAUGAUAAUAACAAAAGUCCGUCUCAAUUGAACACACAAUCAGAAGAAAAUACAGAGAAAGAAAACAAAAAAACAACAAAAGAAAUCAGUGACAUUGAAAAAAAAAGAGUUGCUGCUUUAAAAAGACUAGAGGAGAUAGAACGUAUUUUAAAUGGCGAAUAACCUUAUUCUUUAUUACGAUAACAACAGUAUGGAAAAUAACCUUAAUUUGUAGCAUUUAAAUUAAAGUUUGCUCAAACUAGAUGUUUCAGAAAGUGGAAAGAAUACAUAACAGCCUAUAAUAAGUUAUUUCUCUAUCUGUGGAGAAUAAUAGAUCAACUUAAUUUUAUGUAUUAGGUUGAAUUGUGGGAUUGUUUUGAAUAUGAGAGAAAUUUAUUAAGUCAAAAGUGGAGAAAUCAUUGUUUUUAAAAAGCCCAGAGGAAAUUUCUAAUGGCAAAAAAAUUGUUGGAUAUUGUCAAUUGGAAACUAUCCCACAGAG